GCCGCGCUGGGCCAAGGCACGGCGGGAGGUGGUGAUGGCGGCGGCGGCGGCGGCGGCGGUGGAGCUGUGUCACGUGGCGGCCUGCGCCAACCGGGCCGGGCCCGGGGGGGUGUCGUGGGGGCGGGGCGGGCUGGUGGCCUUCGGCGCGUCGCGCUCCGUCCUCCUCUACGACCCGCAGAAAAGAAAAGUAAUUGGUACAUUGAAUGGUCACACUGAAAGAGUAAAUUGUGUUCAAUGGAUUUACAAAAACAAUGGUGCUCAGGAGACAGAAUUGAUUUCUGGAGGAUCUGACAAAUGUCUUAUUCUUUGGGAAACACAAAGUGGGGAGCUUGUGAACCGCACUCGCCUUGAAGGCCACACAGAAGCGGUUUGCGCUUUAGAUGCUGUUUCCUUGAAGAACAAGUCCUCUGCAGGAUUGGAACUACUUGUAGCUUCUGCGGGUUCUGAUUCUACAGUCAGAAUCUGGUCAAGGCAAGCAACAGAAGUUGGAUGCCUUCAGAUCCUGCAGUUUGGAAAUGGAUUUGUCAUGGAUGUCUCUUUGUCCCUGCUGCCUGGCAGUGAUGUUCCAGUAUUGGCUUGUGGUGGUGACGAUUGCGGGAUUCAUUUGUUUGUGCAGCAGGAUGGGCAGUUUCAGAAACAUUUGCUACUUCAGGGGCAUGAAGACUGGAUAAGAGGGGUUGAGUGGGCAGUUUGUGAUGGAGGCCUCUUCUUGGCCAGCUGUGCUCAGGAUGGCCUGAUAAGAAUCUGGAAGGUUCACGCAACUUCGCUGCCCCUUCUGGAAAUGGGAGAAGAUGAUGUCAUUAGGUUGAAGGAGAACAUUUUCACUGUGAAAGAUAAUGGAGGUUUGGACACAUCCUUUGCUGUGACGUUGGACUCUGUGUUAACUGGACAUGAAAGUUGGGUCUAUGCAGUUCAUUGGCAGCCUUCAUUUUUCACAGAUGGUAGGAGGGAACAGCCAAUGAGAUUGCUUUCUGCUUCAAUGGACAAAACCAUAAUCUUGUGGGCUCCAGAUGAGGAAUCUGGGGUGUGGUUAGAAAAGGUCCGAGUCGGAGAAGUGGGGGGAAAUACGCUCGGGUUUUUUGACUGCUGCUUCAGCCCAGACGGCACAAGGAUUCUUGCUCAUGCUUUCCAUGGAGCGCUGCAUCUGUGGAGACAGACUUCGGCGGACAAGCAAGAGUGGAUUCCAGAAGUGGUGAUUUCUGGGCAUUUCAAUAGCGUACAAGAUGUGAACUGGGACCCAGAGGGAGAAUUCAUCAUCACUGUCGGUUCUGAUCAAACAACAAGAAUCUUUGCUCCAUGGAAAAGAGAGAACCAGCAAGAGGUAACCUGGCAUGAAGUGGCAAGACCUCAGGUCCAUGGGUAUGACAUGCAGUGUUUAGCCAUGAUUGGGCGGUUUCAGUUUGUCUCUGGCGCAGAUGAGAAAGUGCUUCGAGUGUUUACAUCACCUAGAAAUUUUGUAGAAAACUUCAGUCGCAUUUCCGGGGUCUCUCUGGAGAAGCUGCACUUUGGGCAAAUGAUUGAUCUUCCAGACGGCGCUACUGUGCCAGCUUUAGGUUUAUCCAAUAAAGCUGUCUUUCAAGAGGACACAGCAAUUCAGACCAAGGAAGAGGAGAAAAAUGUUAAUCCUUUCAGUCAGUAUUGUGAGAAUUACUUUCAGCCAUGUAGCCUUACAGAGCCUCCUACAGAAGAUCAUCUUUUGCAGAACACGCUGUGGCCCGAAACCCAGAAACUAUAUGGGCAUGGUCAUGAAAUUUUCUGUGUUGCUUGCAAUGAUGCUGGAACAGUAAUUGCCUCUGCAUGUAAGGCUUCUAAAAAAGAACACGCAGCCAUCAUUUUGUGGAGCACCACGACCUGGAAGCAGCUGCAGAGCUUACUGUUUCACAAUCUGACGGUGACACAGAUGGCUUUUUCCCCCAGUGGCCAGUUCUUGUUGGCUGUGUCGAGAGACAGGAAAUGGUCUCUUUGGAAACGUGAAGAUAAUUCAGCAGAACCAGAACCCACUUUCAGCCUUUCUGCCUGUGCAGACCGAAACACGGCAGUCCACAGCCGCAUCAUUUGGUCUUGCGACUGGACUCCUGACAGCAAAUACUUCCUUACAGGAAGCAGAGACAAAAAGGUCGUCAUCUGGGGCGAGGGCUGUUCAGCAGAGGAGGAGAACGAAAGGGAAGACCCAGGUGCCGUCCAGCUUUGUUUUUCAACCCUGGAGGUCGGCGAUUCGGUCACUGCACUUAGUGUCAGCCCUGUGCUUGCCUCUGAUGGGAGCUACCUUGUUGCAGUGGGGACGGAAGGUGGGAAGAUCCACUUGUACAAAUGGAAGCUGUGCAAUCAGCACUCAUCAGGCUCCAGUUGGACUUCCUGUGCGGUGACCAGCAGCAGCCAAAGCCACUCUCUUGCAAUCAAGCAGCUGAGGUGGAGGAAACAUGUGGGCAGAGCUGGCCACGGCACUCCUGAGAGCAGCAGGUGGCUUCAGCUGGCGAGCUGUGGCGCUGACCAUGCAGUGAAAAUCUUCAAUAUCAAUAGACACCGACUUUGAACAAUGACCUUGAGUCACACCAGCGCUUUGGCUUGAAUUAUCUGUAAAUCAGUUUUUAAUUGCUUUAUAUGGUUUCCCUUUUUAUUUUGCAUUUCCUAUUCUGACAACCCUUAUUUAUUAAAGCAGUUUCAUGAA